AUCUAGAGGAGAAACUUUUGGAGAGACUUCAGGGGUGGAAACAACGGACUUUAUCCUGGGCGGCAAAGGAAACCUUGAUUAAAUCUAUUGCUUUGGCUUUGCCCCUUCAUGUAAUGUCGUGUUUUAAACUCCCUCUGUCGCUCUGUCGACUCUUAGAUAAACAUAUAGCCCGGUUUUGGUGGGGAACUACAAAUGACCAUUCUAAAAUUCGAUGGAUGUCAUGGCGUAAUAUGUGUCGAAGCAAGCAUGAUGGGGGUAUGGGCUUCCGUCGCUUCGAGCAGUUUAAUCAGGCUCUCUUGGCCAAGAUCGGGUGGCGUAUACUUAAUGAGCCUGAGUCCCUCUUAGCCCAAGUUUACAAAGGGAAAUACUUUCCUAAUGGGGGAUUCCUUAAUGCUCAAGCCCGAUCCCGACCAUCCUGGGGGUGGCAGAGCAUCCGUUUUGGUAGAGCACUGCUUGAGAAGGGUCUUCGAUGGCAGAUUGGUGAUGGCCAGACUGCUUCUCUCCUGCAUUCCAGUUGGUUUCCGGAUUUGCACCCAUCAUUACCGGUGCAUAAUCCUCAGGUUCUCCCGCAGGGUGGGAGCCCUUGUGUGGCGGAGGUUUUGUGGCCCGGGGAGGGGCGGUGGUGUGAAACCAAGCUGAGCCAAUGGUUUGAUCCCCCUACCUGUCAGGCAAUUAAGGCAAUUCCCCUGCCUCGUCAUCCGGUGACGGAUAGGCUUAUUUGGCAUGAUACGUCAGAUGGUCAGUUUACUGUUAAAUCGGCCUACCAUCUUGCGGUACUGGUGAGUAAACAGAAGGGAGGGUGGUGUACGUCGGUGAGUUGGAUGGAUAAGGCAAGCUGGAUCCGUCUUUGGGGGGCGAAUAUCCAACCAAAGUUGAAGGUGUUCCUUUGGCAAAUUCUGAAUAGGAUCCUCCCAACUACGGAAGCUCUUAUUGAGAGAGGGGUUCAGGUUCACCCAAGAUGUCCAGUAUGCUGGGCCGACUCGGAAACGUUAGAGCAUCUCUUUCUCUUUUGUCCAGUGGCGAGGGCACUUUGGGACCUCUCGGGAUUGGAGUUUCUAGGCCAGGGUUUGCCUACCCAUACUUUCCCCCUGUUUCUGAAACGUGUAAUGGCUCUCAUUCAGCAACCGGAUUUGCUCAUGGCAAUGGUGGCGGUCCUCUGGCGGAUAUGGCAUUCUCGGAACUGGGUGGUGUUUGAAGGCAAGCAGUAUGGGAUCCCAGCUUUGAUGCGACAAUUUUCCCAACAGUAUGAGGAGUGGGUGAGCCUGCCGCUGGACCAAGGUCUGCCAUCACCUAGAAUGGCUAUCCCCCCGACUCCACCAAUAGGCGAUACUAGGGUAGUCUGUUUCUGGGAUGGGGCUACCAGGCAGGGUGCUCCCUCAGCCGGUGGUAUGGUGCUUAUGACCUCGGGGCAUGAUCUGCUGCUAGCUAGGGGGGUCAGAUUUCUUGAUAUGAUGGACCCGAUGGUAGUGGAGCUUCUGACUCUUCGGGAGGCUAUUGGCUGGUGCUUGGGGCUGGGGUUUGCGAUGGUUAGGUUUGAGGGGGAUGCCAAGGUGAUUAUCGAUAAGGUGACUUCGCGGCAGGCUGAUGAUAACCGGGUGGGGGCUAUUCUGGCUGAAGUUCUUCACUACUUUGAUUCUUAUCCGGGGUUGAGUGUUCGGUUUGUAGGUCGGAAUAACAAUAGGGUAGCCCAUAGGGUGGCUAGGAAGGCCCUUUCUUUGUCUCCGGCUAUGAAUCGUGUUUUUUAUUUCCAGGCCUGGCUGGGAACCAGGAUGUAAUUAUCUGUUCUUGAAUCAUUAUAAGAUUAUCUUUUGUAAAAAAAAAAGGAUUGGAAGGUAAGAUUUCGCCUUGAUUACUAACUAAUCGGAAAGAGUUUUUUAUAUAUAUAUAGGAGAAAAAUGGGGACUGAUCAAAGAGUUUUAAACUUCACUUAUGCUUUGAAGUUUGUAUAGAUUUAUUAUCAUAUUUAAUUACUUGAAUCAAGCAUUAAAGGUUAAUCUCUUAACUUAUUGUGCUUCUUACCAUCAAAGGCUUACCAAACCUAAUUUAAUUUUUUUUAUGAAACCACCUAAUCUUUUUUUAGUUAAACUACACCUAAUCUUAUGUCAAACAUUAAAUGUCAAUCUUUUACCUAGACAUAUGGAUAUUUAACCAAAUGGUGAUGCGAUAUUUGUGUAAUCUAGGCUUACCACUUCUAAUUUUUGUGCUAAUUAUAUUUUCAAAAAUGUGGUGAAUUUUACAAUAACAUAUUUGAUAAUAAAAGUAGCGUUUCAGCUUGAUUAAAGAUUAUAUAUAGAAAAGAUAUUAAUAACUCCAACUAAAUGUUGGGUAGUGACAGUAUAAGACUAGUAACAUUCACAACGCUAUCGUUAGUAUAAAAUAUUUAUAAGACCGUAUAGAAGCUGCAAUUAAAUUAGUUUGUCCAAAAUCAAUUUAGAAAUCCUUUAAUCAAAUAGUAAAUCUUUUCUAUUAGUAUUCCAACUUAUCUUUUCUACAGAAGACUAAAUCAUUAGACAAUUUUCAAUGGUAUGAAACUGUUUUAAUCACGAUUAGGUUCAACCAAGAUUCCAACACAAAAUAGUUGUUAUAAACGCGCUGCUACGGAUCGGGAAAUCGCAGGAAUCGACAAAGCAAGAAUACGAAAGCGAGAAUCGAAAACACGACACACGAUUUACGUGGUUCACUAACACGAUUUGUGUUAGCUACGUCCACGGGCGAGAGAGAGUCAGUUUCACUAUAUCAAGGAGAUUAAAAAUUACAGAGGAGUAUGAGAAGUAUUUAUAGUACUUCUCCAUGUGGGUCUAAACCUAAUCCAAUCUGGCAAAGGAAACGGUUACAGACCAGGCCCAGAACCCGAACCCAAAUAACAUUGAGCCCAUACACCGUGGGCCGAGGGCGUUGCCCCCGCACCCCCACCGGGGUGUUGCCCCUGGACCCCACUCGCCGACCGGGCGGCGAGACCCCCGAUUACCAGUCGUAGCGGCUGAUAAUCCGAUUCAAGUCACAUCAACAAUAGUGAAUACCAUACUUUUGAUUUUUUCGGUACAACCUUUGAUAUGGUUCCGCGUUUAUACCAACCGUUCUUCAUGGUAAAAGUAAAAGUGUGGUUGUACCUCUGUAUGUUAGUUUCAGUAUUUCGCUUCAUAUCAAGGAGUUUAUUAAAGUCAGUGAGUCCCGUUAUCGGCGGAUCUAGGACUGGGCCAACCCGGGCCACGGCCCAGCCCUCCGCCGGAUCCAUAGCUAAUAUAGAGCUUAUAAAUUGUUUAUUUUAGG